AUGGGGAUUUCCGAUGAGCAAACGGAUCUGCUGGUCGAAAAAGGGGCCGUCAAGGACUACCAAAUCACGGGAGAAGCGCUUCUAUUUUUUGAUUUUAUGAGCAUGAGUCAGAACCCCUUCCAGCCUGGUCAGCGGGAGCGGACGCCACAGGAGCAGGCCGAUUUCCUGAAAGCCAUCAACGCCCUGCCUGAGAUUUUCUUUACGGCGGACGCGGUGCUCCACAUCGAUGGAGACUGGCCCGAGCUCGAGGUCGAGCACCUGCACGAGAUGCUGAAGGAGGAGGACCUUAGCAAGUUCCAGCUCAGAGAGAACGGCACAGUCGUCCUGGCGUACAACCAGUUUCAGGCGGACGACGGCUCCCUGGCACAGCUGCCGGUCUACACGGUGGAGUCGGUCAAUGACGGUCGGCAGGUGAACAGCAUCUCCGACCUCAGCCCAAAGAGAAAGCUCUUCUCGAUGCCGAAGUUCCUGCGGCCGAAAGCCGUCCUAGCGGAAGCAGAGGAUCCGGUUUUCGUGGUCAGGCCUUCUCCGCUUGGCAAGCGCAACCAUGUUCCCGCGGAUGAGCGAGGCUGGAUCUACUUCGAGCGCCUCGUGUCCACCAUAAGAGUCGCCCUGACGGAUGAGCAGUACGCCGCCCGGACUUGCUACUCCAACAUCCCCGAGCUGAAGACCUCUAUCCUCAAUCGUGCCGCCCUGCUGAGGCGUGCAGCCUCCACCAGCAAUGCAGCCCUGAAGCACCAGUUCGAGACGUACAUCUCCGAGAUUAAGACGAAGACCUUUGCAGCCACCUCUCUGGACAAGAAGAAAGCCUCGGCUGCCACGAAGGUUCAAGACGUGGAUUUGGUCUUCCAGCUUCUCGGUGAGAUGCGCUGCCGGGUAUCCUUGGCCUUGGCUUUCACCGUGAGAUCCCUCAGCAUUGAGGACUGCCGAGAUCUUGUUGAGGCCAAGGCAGACCUGACCAUCCAGGAUGGUCGGGGAUACACGCCCCUCCACAACGCCGUGAGGUUCCGCAACGUGGAGACGGUCAAGUUUUUGCUGGAGAGCGGUGCGCGCCAGAGCCUCCGCGACAAGCUUGGCAACACCUGCUUGCACGUUAUCCCGCUCUACGCGGAUGAGACGACCCUGCAGCUUUGCCGAGUGCUGGGCGAAGAUCCCGCCCACUUGCAGAAGAAAAACCGGGCAGGGCUCCAGGUGCUCCAGCGACUGGAAGCUUGGGCCCUGACGGCCGUAAACGGCGGGCCCUACAAUCCCGUGCUGGAUUGGGUCAAACAGCAGAAGACGGAGUUCCCCUUCCUUUCCGAGCAGGCCAAGAGCAAGAAGAAUCCGGCUCGAUCGGAUCGCUUUCAGGUGACCACCUACUGCACGACAGUGUUGGUUCGGACACAGGAAAGGACGGUUCACGUGGUGGAGCCGGAGUUCACCCCGCUCUGUCACGUCGUCUACCUGGGUCUCGCUCGAUUCAUCCCCUUCUCCCUGCAGCUUCCGGCGCUGCAGCGCUGGGCCGGAGCGCUGGGGGUCAAGGUCUGGGCGAUCUGUGAGGAUUCCGUCGAUCCCGAGCUCAUGAAUGGAAAGGAUCCCGAGGCCUUCCAAUCCGAUCUGGCCCUUGUCGUGGAGGGCCUGUUGCCUUCCUUGCCGGCAAAGUUUGUGCUCGUCGACAGCAGCUGGGGACCAGGCACCUCGCUUCUGUGGAAGUUUAAGAAGCACUUGCAGAGCGCCAUGAUUAUCAACGCGCACCUCUUCAAGGCACCUGACUUCGAUGAUACAGAGGCAGCGUGGAAAAUCAAGACCCGGAUGAGACAGCUUGGCGACAUGUUUGAACGUCGUGACCUGGACAAUAUCUUGGGGGUGCUCCCAGACUUUAUGUACCCGACGGGCGGCGCAGAUGGGGUGGAGGCGACAAAGAAGGCCUAUGCGGAGGCACUGUCUUCGGCGUCAGAGAAGUUUUGGAAGCUCUCGGCGCUGCAGCCCUCGUGGAAUUUCGAUCACCUGACCACCAUUCUGAGUUCGCAAGAGGAAUGGCACAUUGACUCGCCGCCUGUGGUGUUGGCCUGCAGUGAUCAAGCACCCUUGGUGGUGGUCUCCGAGUCUACGCAGAGGCUGCACCACCUCUUGCCAGGCUCAAAACUUGAGUUCAUCCCUUCCUCCAAGUGGUCGUGGCAGCUGGAGGGUGAGGCCAUUUGGGACGAGACUGCGAUGUUGUUGAAGGAGGUACUGCCUACUGGCGUGGAGGUACAUUCUGGUCCGGUGCAUAUAUUCGCCUGUGAGGAGCGGAGGCAGGUACAUGUGAUUGGGCCGGACUCCUCAGCAUCCGCCCAUGUGCUGUACCUGGGCUUUCCUCGAUUUAUUCCCUUUCAGUUGCAGCUGCCAGCCCUGGAGCACUGGGCCAGAGUGCUGCGUGUGAGGAUCUGGGCGAUCACGGAAGAUAGCAUCGACAUUGACAGGUUGAAGCCUGGCGCUGAUCCCCGCGAGUUCCAGGAUGAGCUUGUUUCUUUGGUGACUGCCUUGUUGCCACUGCUGGGAGACAAGUUUCUAUUCGUCGACAGUACGUUUGGCUCUGGCACAUUUCUGGCUUGGCGCUUUCGAGAAAAACUUCUGGGGGCAUUGAUUUUCAACGUCCACCUCUUCAUGGCACCGGAUUUCGACGGGACAGAGCCUGCAAAAAAGAUCAAGAACCGAAUGGCAAAGCUGGGUGAGUAUUUCGAUCAACGGGAUAUGGACAAUAUCUUGGGGGUGCUCCCAGACUUUAUGUACCCGACGGGCGGCGCAGAUGGGGUGGAGGCGACAAAGAAGGCCUAUGCGGAGGCACUGUCUUCGGCGUCAGAGAAGUUUUGGAAGCUCUCGGCGCUGCAGCCCUCGUGGAAUUUCGAUCACCUGACCACCAUUCUGAGUUCGCAAGAGGAAUGGCACAUUGACUCGCCGCCUGUGGUGUUGGCCUGCAGUGAUCAAGCACCCCUGGUGGUGGUCUCCGAGUCUACGCAGAGGCUGCACCACCUCUUGCCAGGCUCAAAACUUGAUUUCAUCCCUUCCUCCAAGUGGUCGUGGCAGCUGGAAGGCGACGCCGUCCUCGCGUCAGUUACAGAACUGCUGGAUACUCUACUGCCCCGAUGGCUGUCAGACAAGCACCCGAACAAGCGUUCCUCUUUGCCACUUCUGGGCCAACAGGUCAUCAUCCCGCCGACCAUCGAUGCUGCUGGGGACGAAAUGUUUUGUCGCAGCUGUACUGGAAGCUGCCGUGCUGAGCAGAACCUCUGCCCGGUGCAAUGA